UUAUCUCCGCGGGUCCGAGGAGCAGGUCGCGCGUUAUAAAUACUGCCUCCGGCCGGGGAAACCAAAAUGAGCACCGACAUCCGAGAAAGCCGCGUCAGGCCACCGCUUCAUGAUCAGUGUGAGAAGGAUGCUGCAACAAGCUCUACGAGUAUCUGUCCGGAACGCUUUUCCCCAGGUCAAAUGGAUGGAGAGGUGGGCUGAGGGCGCAUCAUCCAAGCAGCAGGCUCUGAAGACGCUGGGCGACAUGCCCGGACCGUCGGUCGCCAGUUUCGUCUGGGACUUGUUCGCCAAACGGGGCCUGUCGCGGCUGCACGAGUUACAGCUGGAAGGAGUGCAGCGGUAUGGACCCAUGUGGAAAGCGAGUUUUGGUCCCAUCCUGACAGUUCAUGUGGCUGACCCUGCGCUCAUUGAGCAGGUACUGAGGCAGGAGGGCCAGCACCCCAUGCGCUCUGACCUUUCCUCCUGGAAGGACUACAGAAAACUCAGAGGACAUCACUAUGGACUCCUGACAUCUGAGGGGGAGGAGUGGCAGUCGGUGAGAAGUCUCUUGGGGAAGCACAUGCUGCGACCAAAAGCAGUUGAAGCUUACGAUAAAACCCUGAACGGCGUGGUCAGCGACCUUGUUUCCAAACUUCGCCUUCGCAGAUGCUCUAAGGGCCUAGUCAAUGACAUCGCCAGCGAGUUCUAUCGCUUUGGCCUCGAGGGAAUUUCCUCAGUGUUGUUUGAAUCCAGAAUCGGAUGCCUGGAUGAGGUUGUCCCAGAAGAGACAGAGCGUUUCAUCCAGUCGAUCAACACCAUGUUUGUAAUGACGCUCCUUACCAUGGCCAUGCCAAAGCGGUUGCACCAGCUGUUUCCUAAACCCUGGAACAUCUUCUGUCAGUGCUGGGACUACAUGUUUGACUUUGCAAAAGGCCACAUUGAUCAGCGUCUGACGGCCGAGGCGGAAAAAGUUGCCCGUGGGAAGACGGUGGAGGGCCGUUAUCUGACAUACUUCUUGUCGCGGACGGGUCUGCCCAUGAAGACUGUCUACAGCAACGUCACAGAGCUGCUUCUUGCUGGAGUUGACACAAUCUCCAGCACCAUGUCCUGGAUGUUGUACGAGCUGUCCCGCCACCCUAAGGUGCAGGCGUUGCUCCGAGAUGAGGUGUUGAGAGUGCUGGAGGGUCGAAGCGUACCAGAAGCCGCUGAUGUGGCCCGCAUGCCUCUCCUGAAGGCCACAGUCAAAGAAGUACUUCGGUUGUACCCCGUUAUUCCUGCCAAUGCAAGAGUAAUUACAGAGAGAGACAUCCAGGUUGGAGGCUACCUCAUCCCUAAAAAUACUUUAAUUACCCUGUGCCACUUUGCAACAUCACGGGAUCCAGCGGUGUUUGCACAUCCAGAUGAAUUCCAGCCCCAUCGAUGGUUGAACAAGGACCACACUCACCACCCAUAUGCCUCUGUACCCUUUGGGGUGGGAAAACGCAGCUGCAUAGGUCGUCGUAUUGCCGAGCUGGAGCUCUACCUUGCUCUUUCAAGGAUCCUCAUAGAGUUUGAUGUGAAACCGGACCCUGAAGGGAUUUCCGUGAAGCCCAUGACACGGACGCUUCUGGUUCCUGAAAAUGUCAUUAGCCUCCAGUUUAUUGAACGAUGACCCACUCUCCUGAGCUGAUCGGUUACAUGAACGAGUAUGUGAGUCUUUUCUCAGUAGAGAGCGCUAGUUAUCACAGCCUCUUGCAUGCAAACCUUUGACACGACAAAAGGCUAAAGCCCUCUGUAUCUGUAACGUAGUGCGUGGAGCCUGACGUGUGGAGAAGGACAAAUAAAUGAAGGAUGAGCAGUGACAGCUCAUUACUGGGGCUUUCCACUGGGAGGCGUGUUACUCCAAAUUAAAUACUGUGGAGGCAUAAAAUCACCAUCAAGCACUUAUUUGCAUGGGCUAUGAGGAAACCGGAGAUCUCCUUCAGUAUGUUUUUGUAGGCAAUCUUCAGACUUUAGCCUUAAAGUGAGUCAAACCAUCUUGCAUUUCUGGGAAUUUGCAACCUAUUUGAAGCUGAUUGUUGACUUCCAAGUAACCCCUUCCUAAAUCUAAUUAUGACUCUUAACCAUAUGCAAAAUGUCCUGUGUCCUGGUUGUGCAAACAUUCAUUUCAAGAGUGUUUCUCUGAGAUAGACAGUGUGAUGUAAAUUAUUCAAGAAGAGUCUCAGACUGGCACUUGGAUAUGCUAUUUCUUCAGCUCUUAUUGAGCUACCGUGAGAGUUUUGUGUAUAUAUGAUGUUCAAUGUGUAUUUUAUAAGGUUCUUAUUGUAAACCUUUAGUAACAGGCACCUUUAAAAAAGGAAUGGCAGCUGUUUAAAUUGAAACCCUAAGCAUGGUGCCUAUGUUUGAAUCCCAAACGUAGGCCACUCUGCACUCAGGCUUUGUCUGUAUGGUCUUUAGAAUGUACUGUAAAUGUAUAAAUACCACAAUUCAACAGUGCCACACAAUGCAACUGUACGUGUUUUUUUAAACAUUUUUGAACCUACUAUGAGUUAUAUAGCACCAUUUUGCAAAUGUAAUAGGCUCCAAUACCUGAACUCUGUAUUUAUUCUAAUUUACCACAUUUAAAACUGUUACUGUAAAUAUCAUUAAAAGAUUUCAAGUUGGA